AUGCAACGCAGGUUACGAUGUUGUCCGGAAGAUCUAAUUCGAACCAAUGCUUCAUUAGGGAUAGUGUUUGACAUGUGGGAUCUCUCGGGUUUCUCGGUGGUCAGGUUAUGGAGGGUGGUCGAAAUUCUUCAUCCUAAUCGAGCAUCAGUUCCUAAAGUGGAAAUUCGUGAAAAGUUAGCUCAAAUGUACAAGACCACACCUGAUUCGGUUUUUGCCUACGGUUUUCAAUGUCACUUUGGUGGUGGAAGGAGUACUGGUUUUGCGCUAAUCUAUGACACAGCAGAUUUUGCUAAAAAAUUCGAACCAAAAUAUCGCUUGUUAAGACAAACGGGCACGAAAGCUGAGAAAUCAGGUCGUAAACAACGUAAGGAGCGUAAGAACAGGCAAAAAAAAGUACGUGGAACAAAGAAGACUAAAGUUGCUGCAGGAAAGAAGUUAUGGUUUCCUGGGAUCAGUCCUGAACACUUGUAUGAAGAUAUUUAUGUUGGUGGGGUUUACGAGCCUCUGAAGAAAUUUUGCAUUGAAAGUAUUAGCAAAGUAUGGUGUAUCUCCAGAUUCCUGGAAUGGAGAUGUCAAACAGAGGCAGCAGCUUUGGCUAUGAUUUAUGGACCAAUAUAUGGCAAAGGUUUCGAGCGAUUAUGCUGGAAUAACUGGACGAAUCCCAAAAAAAAGAUGGGAAGAGCACAAGAAGGAAAUAUAGAUACCGAAAGUAUGUUUAGCUGA